AUGAUUAGUGAAUUGCAAGUGAAGAAAAGCAAUCGGAGAUGCACGUACAAAGAGUUCAUGGCAUGUAAUCCCUUACCAUACAAAGGGGAAGUUGAUCCGAUAGCUUGCCAAAGGUGGAUUUCAAGUACCGAAGCCGUGUUCACACGAAGUAGAUGCGAAGUGGAAGAUCAAGUAAUGUUUGCCACGGGCCUUCUACAACUUCAAGCAAAAGAUUGGUGGGACGCAUACUCGAAGGAGUUGGGGGAUGAUAAAGUACAGUCGUUAACAUGGCAAGAAUUCAAGGAGUCAUUUCUGAAAUAUUACAGUCCACAAUCCGCAAUUGAUAAGAUUCAGGAAGACUUCUUACGUCUCAGACAAAAGAAUGAAACGAUUGACGAGAUAACGAACAAGUUCCUUGAGAGGGUGAAGUUCUGUGAGGAGAUAGCGGGGACUGAGAGGCAAAGGAUUAUACGUUACCAUGCUAUGUUAAAGGCUGAAUAUCGGGAAUUUGUAAAUCCCUCCAAGUGUGCGACGUUAAAUGAAUUAAUUGAAUGGGCAAGAGAUAGAGAAAUUGAGAUAAAAAGACAGGUUGAACGGGGAGAGAAAAGGGUAGCGGAGAAGCCUACCAACGCUAGUCCAUCGAAAAAGGCAAGAUAUCAAGACCAAAGCAAAAAGGGGAAAACAAGUAGUGAAAUUCUGACUUGCAAGACGUGUGGGAAGCAUCAUUCGGGUGAAUGUUUGUCGGGAAAGAAGGGAUGCUACAAAUGUGGACGAGAGGGACAUCCGUUUUAUAGGUGCCCCGAAAACCCAAAGGCGUGUUAUAAUUGCAAUGAAACGGGGCACAUUAAAGCGGAAUGUCCGAAACUCUAA